AUGGGAGGCAAUUGUGAAGAGACUAUGGCCCAAUGCAAAAUGCGUCGAAGCCAUCAUUACCGGCUCCAUGGAACAGUAUAUAAUAUACCAAUGCUGGAAUUCUAUUGUGGCGGUCUUCCUUUAGUUUCAUCAUUAUAUGUUUGCUCUGAAUGUUCCAUAGGUGUCAAUAUAGAUCCUUUGAGCAAACCUUGUGAUGUGUCUUACACCAUCAUCCCAAGUAUGGCAUACUUUGAGUUCUUGGAGACAAAGAAAGACCAUCAAGAAACUGGUCAUGGUCCGGCAGAGAACCUUGUGGUUGUCGAUCUUGCUGAUGUUAAAGUUGGACAUGAUUAUGAACCUGUGGUAACAACGUUUUCAGGUCUGUAUAGGUACCGUGUGGGAGACGUUUUACGAGUGACUGGCUUCUACAACAAUGCACCACAAGUUCGUUUCGUCGGAAGACAAAAAGUUGUUCUAAGCAUCGACAUGGACAAGACCUACGAAGAAGAUCUACUCAAGACAGUGACAAACGCAACGCUCCUGUUUGAGCCACAUGACCUAAUGCUCAUUGACUUUACUAGCCGUGUGGAUUCCUCCUCGUUUCCAGGACACUACGUGCUCUAUUGGGAACUCGGAAGCAAAGUCAAGGACGUGAGGGUCGAGCCCGACCCUGAGGUUAUGGAGGAAUGCUGCUUCGCCGUUGAAGAGUCUUUGGACUCGGUGUAUAGAAAAGGACGAAAGAAUGAUAAGAACAUUGGACCGCUUGAGAUUAAGGUUGUUAGGGGUGGCGCCUUUGAUGAGCUCAUGAGUUUCUUCGUGUCUCGUGGCUCUUCUGUGAGUCAGUACAAGACGCCGAGGUCAUUGAUGAAUGAAGAAGCCGUGAGGGUAUUGGAGGCCAGCGUUGUUUCAAAGUUUGUUAGCCGGAAGAUUCCGUCGUGGGAGCUACAUGAGCUGCACUCCAGCCGAUAA